CGCAAUCUCUCGAACUUUUUACGAAGCUCGACCAAGCCGACUACUUACCAUCCGCAGCAUCACCACCACAGCCGCCGCCAAACAGACAAGAUGGGCCGACUUCACAGCAAGGGCAAGGGCAUUUCUGCCUCCGCUCUCCCCUACUCCCGCGCCGCCCCCGCGUGGUUGAAGACCACCCCCGACCAGGUCGUCGACCAGAUCUGCAAGCUCGCCCGAAAGGGUGCUACCCCUUCUCAGAUCGGUGUCGUCCUCCGUGACUCCCACGGCAUUGCCCAGGUCAAGAUUGUCACCGGUAACCGAAUCCUCCGAAUCCUGAAGUCCAACGGCCUCGCCCCCGAGCUUCCCGAGGAUCUGUACAUGCUCAUCAAGAAGGCUGUUGCUGUCCGCAAGCACCUUGAGCGCAACCGCAAGGACAAGGACUCCAAGUUCCGCCUCAUUCUCAUCGAGUCCCGAAUCCACCGUCUUGCCCGCUACUACAAGACCGUCGGUAUCCUGCCCCCCACCUGGAAGUACGAGUCCGCUACUGCCAGCACCAUCGUCGCUUAA